AUGGCGCCCUGUUCUCUCAGCUUCUCUUUUACCAAGAGAGAAAUCGACGCUGGCUCCUGGAAGAGGCUACGUGACCAACUCCAGCAGCUCGACAUCAAAUACAUAGGGUCUUACGAUCAGCUCACCACCCACGUUGUCAGCAAGAAACGCAACACAUCCAAGACACUUCAGGCACUGGUCAGCGGCAAACCCAUCGUAUCCGAUAGUUUCGUCACUGCCGUUGUUGCGGCUGCCGCAGUGUCUGAUGACGCUGACGAGGGGACGGCCAGUGCAUUGGAGAGCAACUUCGAUGAGGCCUGGCCCAACGCCGUUGACCACUUGCCACCUCGUGGUGAUGAGCCUACCGAACGACCGCCAGCCGAUUAUGCACCCGACGAGCGGCGACAAGACGUUUUUGCUGGGUACAGCUUUGUUUUCUACAACCAGAAACAACACGAGAACCUGGCGCCCGUGAUUCAAUUGGGCCAAGGCAAGGCUUUCUUCAAAGAAGUGGUGGAAGGCGUCACCGAAGUGGAUGACUUUGUGCGCUAUGUCAAAUCGGUUGCCGGUGAAAAGGGAACUGGGUCGCUCGAUGAUGAUGGUGAGGGGAAAAGAGUCGUGGUCGUUCGAUAUCCUCCUGGAAAGGGCGAUGACGUUGAAUGGUGGACCAACUUCUACACGAGCUUUGCCAGGCAUCUUGACCAUCGGCCUCCUGACCAGAAGGAGUUUCUUGAGGCCAUCCUCGCCUGCGAUGCAUCUCUGCUGCGACGACGCCUCGAGGAAGACACCCAACCUACAUCAACCGCAAAUCCCACGCAGAGGACCCAACCUCAGUCGGAGGAUCGCAUGCAAGUUGAUCAGCCCGAGAAAGAGAAUGAAGAGCCUACCCCGCCUCAACGACGAGCCCGUGCAGGCGGCCGAAGUCGCUUCAAGGGUUUCGAUUUCGACUCCGACUCCGACGAAGACAAGUCCAUGGAAGACAUUCCUGCAGCUGCCGCCACAAAGGCAACACAGCCAGCCACGGAGAUACCCGCAUCGCAAGACAGCCAGAGUCUCUUCGUCUCACAGCGACAAGAACCCGUCGACGAAGAAUUUUCAGAGCAAGAAUCACGUCCUACCACUACUACACGCUCUACCCGCAGCCAGCCAAAGCCAACGUGUAAACGAGCGCUGUCGCCGCUUCCCGAGCACGACGUUUCGGAACUGUUAGAUGCCAUUGCCCCCACCGCCACCGCCGCCAAAAGAAGGCGCAUCGAGGCCGGACAACCAGCCCUCCCCGAGCCAACUCCCGAACCAGAGGAGCCACCAGCCGUUGUCGAAGACGACAAAGUAUCGGACUCACCCAAGGGCAAUGGAAAAACAGGAGCCAAAGGUAAGGGGAAGAAAGCCAAAAAGGGAGACGACCCCAUAAUUGAACUCGCCCGGCAAAAGCGCGAAGAGGCCGAUGCCCUCGCGGCCGCCGAGCGUCAAGCGUUGCUAGAUGCCGCCGGCGACGAUGAGGUUGACUAUGCUGCCAUCCGCCGUCUGCACAUCAUCGAAGAAUUCGAUGUGCGCAUGCCGAACCGCGAUGUCGACGACCUCGAUGAACGAGAAGAAGCCAUUGCCGACGGCAGGUGGGAUCCGCGUUGGAACGGUCGGAGGAACUUUAAGAAGUUCCGUAAGCAGAAGCGUGGUGGCAGCGACAACGCUUCUGGCGACGGCGCUGCCGUUGAUCAGCAGCCGCGACGUCCCCUCAUCACGCUAGAGGAAGUCAAACCCAAAGAAUACGGCAUGGGCGACGGCUACUGGCUUGAAGACACCGCCGCAGGUAGCGUUAGCAGACGCAACACUCAGACACAGGGGGGUCAAGGAGGAGGGCAGUCGCAGAGUCAAGCUCAGACUGCUGCUUCACAAAACCGUAACGCCAAUGCCACCGACAGUACGUCUCAUGGCCUUCCUACGAGAAGGAUGCUCAUGGCGAUGGAUAGUAGUGACUCCGACGCCGACCAAGACUCAUCAACACCACCACCACCAUACUCAGCGACACCAACAGAGCCAGCAACAGCAGCAGCAGAACCAUCAAGGUCGCGAGCGGCCAAGGCGGCUGAGAAGGCAGCUGCUGCUAGGAGGGCGCAGCAGACGGCCACCACACAAUCCGAGGUAUCAUCUGGAUCCGGUGUGGGUAGCAAGCAUGGUGCUCCAGCGAGUGGUGGUGGUGGUGGACAGCCGGCGGCGAAGAGAGCGAAGACGACGACGGGAAGCGGGAGAAGGUUCGAGGUUAAGGAUAGCGAUGAGGAUAGUGAUGAGAGUGAUGAUGGGUUGAAGUUUAGGUUUGGUAGGAGGAAGUAG